AUGUUGGGCGAGGGGUGGGGGGAAUAGUCGGCUGUGGAAGUGCGUAGCGGGGAAGAGCGCGAAGGGCUGGUGUUCGUGGUGGCUACGAGGCUGGAAGCCUCAUCUUAAAAGAUUUUUCGUCCGCAGUUAUCUCAGUAUCCUUACAACAAUCUUGUGAGGUGGAUCGGCAUAGUUGUCCCUGUAUUAAAGACGGGGCGGGGGUCGAGGCUCUUACAGGAGGGAUGAUUCGUAGCUCAGACUGCAAUCCAGAGCCUCAGUUUUCCUGAAAAUAAAUCGUACGGUACACGUUGGAAAUUCUGCUGCAUUCCCUGGGGCUUACUUUGGUUGGCCUGAUCAAGUUACUUGAUGGCCUUGGGUAAGCCUAAGUCUUCCAGCCGGUAUAUAGGAGUAGUAAUUCUGGCCUAUCUUACAUGUCUGGUGUAAGGAUAACAAGGAAAUGUCUAUGAAGUACUUUGAAAACUCAAGUACUAAAUACAUUUUAGAUAUUUUUAUUUGAGGAAGAAUGAAAGAGGGAACUGAGGUGUAGCUGGCUAAAAGUUAGAAUGUUUUGUUAGAAAUGGUUGUAAUGUGAGCAUUUGAGGGGAAUACAGUACUGGAAAUCGGGCACUAAUGGCCUUUUAAAAUGUGUAUUUACAUGUAGGUAUGUCCCACUGGGGUUUAUUCUCAGGGUUUGCAAAUGCAAAUUCAAUAGAAAAUAUGCCAUAUUAAGCAUAAAUAGCACUUUGAGCUCAUUGGACUGUGCUUGCAAGUGAAAAUACAUAGGAUUACAGAAGAAAGGUUGUAUCUAGGUAUGGUUGUAAAGAAGCAGGUGGCUAUUGACUUUGGUGGUAUGUGUUCAUUUUGUAUUAUAUUUUCUGUAAUAUUUUAACCGUUUCUUCAUUUGUGACACUUUUUUGGAGAGAAAGUAGGGUCUGGGCAGCAGACAGCUGAAAGCCAGGAUCUUGCAGUGAGAGAAACUGGGACAAGAUCUGAUUGAUCCCAUUAAAUAGACAGCUCCAUCUGGUCUGAUGCUAUAUUGCACUGACUGAAUACAAAGCAAAGAGAAAUGAACAGGAACAGGAAGCCACCGCCUCCACCAUGGGGAGCCAAAAGCACUGCCACACCUAGACAGAUGAACUUGCUGAUGGAUUUUUCUCCAGAAAGCAUGAUGGCGGGCAAUGGGGAAGAUGAUCAUGAACUGGAGGCUGAGCUUCUGGCUAUUGUUGGAGGCCAACCAGAUGCAAAAAGGAAACCAAAUGGAAAAACUCCUUUGCCAAUGGAAGCUAUUGAAAGAAUGGCUGCUUCUUGCAUGAAGGAUCUCGAUGAAGAGGAUGAGGAAGGAGAGGAAGAUUUGGAAGAUGAUGCUGAACUGCUGGCAGAACUCAAUGAAGUGCUUGAGGAAGAUGAUGAAGCCAAGGAUGCCCCAGUGCCUGCUCUUGCAAAGACAAACGAUGCCCCCACUGAUUCCAGCAGCACUGAAUCCAUUUUGCUUGAAAGACUAGCCAUGUACAAGGAUGCCAUUGCCAAUGCAAAGCAAGCUGGGGAAAGCUCCAAAGUGCGCCGCUAUGAAAGAGGUCUUAAGACCCUGGAAAACAUGUUAACCUCUGUAAAGAAGGGCAAAAAAAUUGAUGAAGAUGAAAUUCCUCCCCCAGUAGCUACAGGAAAGAAUGCACCUUCUCAGCAGACCUGUCCUUCAGAGGUGGCACCAGAUUUGUCUGCUUCUGCACUUGACAGAAGUGCUGCAUUACCCAACCACCUUCCUCCAGAGCCUGCUUCUGCAGCUCCCAAGAAACCACUGGUUAUGUCUUCACCUGCCUCUGAACUAUCCCCCAAGCUGCCAUCACCAGUCCUUCCAAAGCCAAAAAUUUCUCCAGCUCCUCCUGUGCAGCUUGGGUCCUCAGAGGCACUGCAGACAAGAUCUGCCUGGUUGACACCAUCUCCUUCUUUGGAUACCAAAAGUCCCAAUGCUCAGGUGGCCCUGCAAGCAAGGCAACGGGAAUACAAGCUGGCAGCACUGCAGGCUAAACAGGAAGGAAGCAUUGAAAUGGCUACCAGAUAUUACCGCAUAGCCAAGAGCUUGGACCCUCUUUUAACAUCUGCAAGUAAAGGAGAGACCGUGGAUCUCAGCCUUCUGCCUCCACCUCCAGAUCAGCUGCCCCAGGAGAUACUGUCAUCCCCAGGGGUUCAACAGCCCCCUGUAGCAACAGCAAAGCCCCCUAUCCAGGCUGUGACCACUCAAGCAGCAGGGGUCUCAAAUACAAGAGGUUUUCCUGAAAACACACCCGCCCUCUCCAUGGUACAACCUGGUCCUAAUACACCCCCACCCCCUCGAGAUCUGAUGGAGGCACUGCAGCAGAGGAUGGACAAGUACAAGACAGCAGCAGCACAGGCAAAGAGCAAAGGUGAUGACAGGAAGGCCAGGAUGCAUGAACGGAUUGUGAAGCAAUAUCAAGAUGCCAUCAGAGCUCACAAGGCAGGAAAACCUGUUGAGUUGGCUGACCUACCUAUUCCCCCAGGUUUCCCUCCCAUCCAAGGAAUGGAAUCUUCUCCAGGAGAUCAAAGUUUUGCAGGGAUCCUUGAAACAGCAAUGAAACUAGCCAGGGAAGAAGAUGAAGAUGCUGAGGUGGCAAAACAGCCUGACCUCUGCCCACCACCAUCCAAACCAGUCAGCUCACUGCAGCCUAAACUGCUGCCCCAGCCAAGCCCACGAGCCGUGCCUGCAGCUGCAAAGCUAGCAACACCUGGUAAAAGUGCCUCCAAGGUCAUUGCGAAAGCCCAGCAGCAACUGAACUUCCUAGAAAGUCGAAAGAAGCAACUGAUGCAGGCAGCUCUCCGAGCCAAGCAGCAAAAUGACAUUGAGGGAGCCAAGCUGUUCUUGCGCCAGGCCAAAGGUCUGGACCCCAUGAUUGAGGCGUCGCAGAAUGGGCUCCCUGUUGACAUCACUAAGGUGCCUCAGGCCCCCGUGAACAAGGAGGACUUCACACUGGUGCAACUUCGUGGAACCAAGAUUUCCCCAGAAACAGCUGCUCAGUAUGCUGAGCUUGUGAAACUGAUGAGGCAGCAGCAUGAGAUGUGUAUGGAUUACUCUAAGAAGUUCACCCAUUUAGGGAACAUCGCGGAAACUGCCAAGUUUGAGAAGAUGGCUGAGGACUGCAAAAAGAACAUGGAGAUCCUGAAACAAGCCCAUUCCAAGGGAUUUCCACUGCCUAAAUAUCAUUAUGAGCAGCGAACCUUCAAUGUAAUCAAGAUCUUUCCAGAAUUAAACAGCAAUGACAUGGUUCUUUAUAUAGUGAAAGGAAUCAACCUGCCAGCUCCACCAGGCGUGUCCCCAAGUGAUCUAGAUGCGUUUGUACGCUUUGAGUUCCCCUAUCCCAGUGCAGAGGAAGCUCAAAAAGACAAAACCAGCAUGAUCAAGAAUUCCAACUCUCCUGAAUUCCAGGAGAAAUUCAAGCUGUCUAUAAACCGGGGACACCGUGGGCUCAAGAGAGCCAUUCAAACAAAAGGCAUCAAGUUUGAGGUUGUCCACAAAGGAGGGUUGUUCAAAACUGACCGGGUAGUAGGGACAGCACAACUGAAGCUGGAGGCUCUGGAGACAGCUUGUGAGCUUCGGGAGAUCUUGGAGCUCUUGGAUGGUCGACGCCCUACAGGAGGCAAAUUAGAAGUCAUUGUCCGCCUCAGAGAGCCCCUGACUUCUCAACAGCUGGAAUCAACAACAGAGAGGUGGCUGGUCAUUGAUCCCCUAACAAUGCCACCGGUUGCACUUCCUAAACCCAAGCAAGCUGUAGCUCCUGUAAAGGAUAUGAGCAGUAGCAAACCCGUCUGCACUCUGCACAGCUUCAACAUUCUGGUUUUUGACAAGGAGAGGCUGGAGAAAAAGAUGAUGGUGUGCAAGCAAGCUGGCCAAAGAAUUCCCAGUGAUUUGGUGGAGCAGCAUCAGAACAUCACACGGAUGAUCCAGUGGCAGAAGUCCCAGCUUCAGCAUGGAGGCCCUGCAGUCAGGAAAGAGUACGUGAUCCAGUUGGAGCGGUACCAGCAGUUGUAUACAGAGGCAGCACGGCGCCUUGGCAGUGAAGGAAAGCGGGAGGCAGCCAAGGAUGCUCUUUACAAACGCAAUCUGGUUGCGAGUGAGCUGGAGAAAUUCCUCAGAUGAAGGAAGUGAUAGCAGUAUGAAAGUGCUCACACCACCUGGCCGAGCAACAGCACUGUGAUACAUGGUCUCUUCCCCGUUGUAGGCGAAGGGCUCAACUGGGCUUGGGUGCUGAUGGAGCAGCAGUGCUGCAAGAACACGCUAGCUAAUGAUGCUCCUGCAGCAGGACUCUUCCUAGUCCUCGCUCAAGUAAAAAGAGCGAGUGAUGACUCCCUUGGUCAGGCGACGCCACCAGCAUGAGAGAGACAAUCCAUGAGACAGUGGCCUUUGUGUUCUGGCUCAGCCUGGCCUCUACAGGGUCCCAGUGAGACUUGGAGUAAUGCUUCAGUGGCUGCUGGGCCUUGGUAGAGAAAGGAAGUCAUUCCUCUCUUUUCUAGCUGCCACUACCAAGUGCAUCCCUGUUGCAAAUGUAAACCCAUUCGAAACAGGGUAAGCUCCAAUAGUGUUUCCCCCACUUAGAAUCCUGGCAAUUUUUGUUUUGUGAGGGGGAUAAGACCACAUAAGACCAGCAGUGGGAUAAUUGGUAGUCUUUCAGAUGUUGGACUGGAGUUCCCAUGAACCCCAGCCAUUUGUGAGGGAUGAUGGGAGUUGCAGUCCAAAAACAUCUGGAGGGUCACCCAUUCCUCAGCCCUGAUGUAGGUGUUUAAUGGAACUACAGUUUCCAAAAUCCCUUGGUCCACAGAGUGUCAGUUCAACAGGCCUGAAGCUGUUUUAAUUAUGUGGUGUAGCUAUAUGCUUGUAGUGUCUUGCCUUCUUCAUCUCAGAGAUGGGAAGCCCCGCAGCAUCCAGCAUGUCCCAAGCUGACUCGCUGAGGAAUUGGGCAUCUUUUAAAGCACUCCGGAGGUUCCCAUAGGUGUCCCUCCACCCGUGUAGCCUGCAUUCAGUGCACAGCUCCCCCCUCCCCUCUUGCACCAAGCACUUUGCAUGCCCCUCUCCAAGCUCUACUUAUUUGUCUUUAAGAUGUCUGCUCCUUCCUUUGAGAGCUAAGUUGCUCUUUACUUCCGAUUGUCCUGAUCAACUUUGGAGGCUGCAUAUGAGUCUUGGUGGCCAGUCCCCAGGAGGUCCCACUUCCAAACAUGCUUCAGGCCCCUGCAGUGGGACAGGAGACUUCCCUGGGUAGCAUCUCGCUUUACUGGUGCCUGAUGCCUCUGCCAUCCAUGCGACCCAUUCCUGAGCAGGAAGUGCACUGGGCUCAGUGGUUCAGGCUGGGGCUUGAUUCUGAAGCCUUCACUGCUUCCUCCCAGCCCCUCUGGGCAACCAAAGGACCCAAGCAUGGGACUGAGUCUUCUGCCUCCCACUGGAGAAAAGCACAAGAGACUGCUGAGGGAGACUGUCCCUUUCUUGAACAUCGGAAGAGGCAAGAAUGGUCUUCCUCCAACAGAACGGCUUCUUGACACCCGGACUUACUGAGUAUCAGCUCAGCUUGGACACACAAGGGAUCUGUAGGCUGCAGUCACUUGGCACAUCACAUCUGCUGGCUCCUCCUGCACCAGACCAUUCCUUGCAGCAUUCCCAUGUCUUGAGGGAUGGUGCCUGAUAAUCAGCGACUUCUCGACAGAGAGGUACACAUCCUGUUUAUGUCAUGUUAUGGACCCCCCCCCCAGCUUUUGGGGAGGGGCAAGCCAUUGCAGCCUGUGGCUGUGCCUUUUCUGCAUAAGCUGGGGGCACAUUGACUGCUCUGUGGCAGUGUCAAAUGUUACCUUUAAUGGCAACAUUCUGGGUCUGGUACUAAACUUAAAGACACUUGCAAGCAUUAGAAAUUAUCUCAGGGUUGUUGCUGGCUCAGGUGAUGAGCUGUGGGUUACAAACCGGACCGUCCUCCCUGCCCCCACCCACGCUCCUUUUCAAACCAAAACUGAAUUCCUCAUAUCCCUAGAGAGUAAGCUGAUCAAAGGGAAACUAGUGUGCUGUACAGGCUUUAUUCCCUGACCCCGUUUUCACAAUCCCAUCCCACCACCUUGAGAAUUAGGAAAAUCUGAUUUUUCUGAAAGUGCCUGCCUCUGAGGUUGAAGCUCAGCCAGAGGCCUUAAAGCCACUGUAGAAAGCAGAGGCUACAAAUCCGUGUCAUGGCUUUAUUUUGUGCAUAGAGUGACAUAAAUAUAUAGUAUCUAGGGUGGGUGAGUUUUUUUAAAACCUCUGUAAGACCCAUUCUGGAAUCUUGCACCAAUAAUAAACCUUGUUAAAACUUC